AUGGCACCCAAGAAAAGGACAGAUGAAGGGGAAAGACGGCCUAUUCUUGGUCGAUUCUCCCACAACCUGAAGAUGGGCAUCGUCGGCUUGCCAAACGUGGGAAAGUCGACGUUCUUCAACACGCUCUCUAAACUGAACGUUGCUGCGGAAAACUAUCCGUUUUGCACAAUCGAACCAAACGAGGCUCGAGUACCGCUCCCAGACGAGCGCUACGAUUGGCUCUGUGAGCUCUAUCGACCCACGAGUCGCGUUCCGGCCUUUUUAGAGGUUUGGGAUAUCGCUGGGCUGGUGCGUGGGGCCCACGAGGGCCAGGGCCUCGGCAACGCCUUCCUGUCCAAUAUCCAGGCCGUCGACGGCAUCUACCAUGUAUGCCGUGCCUUCGACGAUGAUGAGGUUAUUCAUGUCGAAGGUGCGAUCGAUCCUGUGAGAGAUCUCCGCAUCGUGGCCGACGAGCUCCGCUUCAAGGACCUGGAACGCGCAAAACGCUUACUUACGGACGUACAAGCGCGUCUCACGCGCGCUGGGCAACAGGCACCCAAGGAACUUCGUAUCGAAGAGGAAACGCUGCACAAAGUCAUCGAGCUCCUCGAGAAACAGGAACAGGCAGUGCGACACGGACACUGGAGCAACGCCGAAAUCGACGUGCUCAACCGGCAUCUGUUCCUCACCGCCAAACCCGUUGUGUACCUGGUCAACCUGAGUGAGCACGAUUACAUUCGAAAGAAGAACAAAUGGUUGCGCGCCAUCAAGGAAUAUGCCGGCGACGAACCCGUCAUUCCAUUCAGUGCCUCACUCGAGGCGCGUCUGGUGGAUUUGGAGCUCAACGAAGGCAAGCAGGCCGUCGAUGCCUACCUAGCGCAGCACGAGACCCAAUCGGCAUUGCCGAAAAUCAUCCGCGGCGGAUACCAGGCUCUGAAUCUGAUCAACUUUUUCACCGUUGGAGCUGACGAGGUACGCUCCUGGACAAUCCGACGAGGGACACUCGCUCCUCAGGCUGCUGGAACGAUUCAUUCCGACUUUGAACGAGGUUUCAUUUGCGCUGAAGUGAUGCACUAUGAUGAUCUUCGAGAUGCUGGCUCUGAGAGUGCUUUAAAGGCAACUGGCAAGUAUCGGCAACAGGGCAAGACGUACGAGGUACUGGAUGGAGAUAUUUUGUUGGUCAAAUUCAACGUCACGAGCCAAGGCGUCAAGAAAAAGACUUAG